AUGUUGGAGGAGAAAACACGGGAAUGUGGGACCCUCGCGAGGCAGUUGGAGAGUGCCAUUGAAGAUGCCAGGAGGCAGGUGGAACAAACCAAGGAGCACGCAGCCUCCAAGGAGCGGGCAGCCCAGAACAAAAUCCUGGACCUUGAGACCCAGCUGAGCAGGACCAAGACCGAACUCAGCCAGCUGCGGAGGAGCCGGGACGAUGCUGACCACCGCUACCAGAGCCGCCUGCAAGACCUGAAAGACCGCCUGGAGCAGUCGGAGAGCACCAACCGCAGCAUGCAGAACUAUGUCCAGUUCCUCAAGUCAUCCUAUGCCAGCGUGUUUGGGGAUGGUCCCUACACUUCCUACCUGACCAGCUCUCCCAUCCGCUCCCGGUCUCCCCCUGCCUAAGCCGCCACUCUCAGGCUAGGCACUCGGAUGGAUGCCGUGGGAACUGAGGCGUUGCUAAGCCGCACCUGGAAAGCUUGUUGGUUUUCCUCUCUCUUCCCGUGAUGAAAUAUGUUCAGGAUCUUGUCUUAGCUCCUAGCUCUAGAAAAGUGCCUAAAGCAGCAGGGGAUGAAGCAGAACCCACUUAGUUUUCUCCUCUCUGAUAGCAUCGCUUGAUGAAAGUUUUUAA